AGCCUCGCCAACGAGCACUUGACUUCUUCCUCUAGUGAAGUGGGUUUACUUAAAUUUGCAGGGAAAAAAAAUGCCUCAGCUACUGAAAAGCAUCGUUAAUAUUGUUGAAGUUUACAAUCAAUAUGCAAAAAGUGAUUGUGAUGGAACAGCACUGAGCAAAAAAGCUCUGAAGAAUCUUCUCCAGAGGGAGUUUGGUGAUAUCCUCCGGAGACCACAUGACCCUCAGACCGUGGAUCUGGUCCUGCAACUACUAGAUCGAGAUUGUAACGGGGUUGUUGAUUUCAAUGAGUUUCUCUUGCUAUUGUUCAAAGUAGCCCAAGCUUGUUAUUAUGCGCUUAGCCAGGCCACCGGGAACGAAGGAAAGAGACGGGUUAAGCUAGAGGAAAAGAGGGAAAGAUCUCAAGAUUUCUUGCGAGAGGAAAACCAGAGGAGGCGCGACACCCGGGAGAGGCAACUCCAAGAAGAAGAAGAACUGCAGCAAGCUGAACAACAAGAGCGUGAGAGGCAGCGCAGUGACGCGCGCUCGCUUUUCGAGAGGCAGCGCCAAGAGCGAGUUAGGCAGAGCGCCUCUGAGGAAGAGCAGCUGCAGCGACAAGAACAGGAAAGGCGACUCCAGGAGCGCGAGAGGCAGAGUCUGGAGGACGAGCAGCUUCAAAGACCCAGGAAGGAGAGGCAGAAAGAGAGGCAGAUCCGGGAAGAAGAACAGAGACAGAGACAGGAGCUGGAACAAGAGCGUCGCCGCCGCGAACAAAGACAAGAGUCGGCAGAAGGGUACAAAAGACAGGAGCAGGAGAGGCAACGAAGGGAGCAGCAGAGAGAGCGCCAGGAAGAGAGCCUGCAGGAGCGUGCAGACCAGAGCUUGGAGGAAGAGCAGCAGCUAAGACGGCAAGAGGAAAGAAAGGUCCGCGAGAAGGGUGAGAGCCGCAGCCUCCGACUGCAGUGGCAACUAGAGAGAGAAGUUGAAGGACGUCAAAACAAAGUGUACUCCAAGCCCCGUAGGCAGGAGAGACAAUUCCUGGAGGAAGAGUCGAGCCUCCGACAGCAGAGAGAAGAAGAGAGAAGGCGGCAGCAAGAGCGAGAGAGGCAGCUGCUGGAGGAAGAGGCUUUGCAGCGGCAGGACAGAUUCGGCCGCCUGAGGGAUGAGGACUUUGAAGACAGCUUCCAAGAGGAGCGGGCAAGGCAGUUACGUGAAGAGGAGCAGAUUCGCCGGCGACAGAUCCGCGAUAGGCAGCUCCAAGAGGAGGAGAGACGCCGGGAUCUCAAAAUUCAGUGGCUGCCAGAAGAAGAGACCGAGAGACGCCGAAACAGGCUCUAUGCCAAGCCCUCAGAGCAGCAGCAAGAGCGAGAACGUCGUCGGGUGCAGCGAGAGAGACAACUGAGAGAGGAAGAGGAGCGCGAGCUGCAGCAACUAGAGAGGAGGAGGCCCCAGGAGCAGCUGUAUCGGGAGGAAGAACGGCUAGAGCAGGAGGAAGAGCAACUCCGACGGCGCCAGGAGAGAGAGGAGAAAAGGCAAAGGCAGGAGAGAGAGAGGCAGCUGCGCGAGGAAGAAGCAUUGCAACAGCAAGAUAGAUUCAGACGUUUGCGGGAUGGAGACCUGGACGACAGCUUCCAGGAGGAACGGGCAAGGCAGCUACUUGAAGAGGAGCAGAUUCCCCGGCAACAGAUCCGUGGUAGGCAGCUCCAAGAGGAGGAGUUGGGCCGGGAUCUCAAAAUCCAGUGGCUGCCAGAAGAAGAGACCGAGAGACGCCGAAACAGGCUCUAUGCCAAGCCCUCAGAGCAGCAGCAAGAGCGCAAACGUCGGGAGCAACUAGAGAGGCAGCGGAAAGAGGAAGAAGAGUUGCAGCAGGAGGAAGAACAGCUCCAGCGCCUGGAGCAGGAGCUAGAAAAGAAACGAGAGGAGCUUGAGAAGAGGAGGCGCCAGGAGCAGAGAGAAAGACAAUACCGAGAGGAAGAACAGCUCCAGGAGGAAGAACAGCUCCAGCGCCUGGAGCAAGAGCUAGAAAACAAACUAGAGGAGCUUGAGAAGAGGAGGCGCCAGCAGCAAAGAGACAGACAGUAUCCUGAGAAAGAACAGCUCCGGGAGGAAGAAGAGCAGAUCCAGCGCCUGGAGCAGGAGGUAGAAAAGAGACGAGAGGAGCUCGAGAAGAGGAGGCGCCAGGAGCAGAGAGAAAGACAAUACCGUGGUGAAGAGAAGCUCCAGAGGGAAGAAGAACAGCUCCAGCGCCUGGAGCAGGAGGUAGAAAAGAGACGAGAGGAGCUCGAGAAAAGGAGGCGCCAGGAGCAGAGAGAAAGACAAUACCGUGGUGAAGAGAAGCUCCAGGAGGAAGAAGAACAGCUCCAGCGCCUGGAGCAGGAGGUAGAAAAGAGACGUGAGGAGCUCGAGAAGAGGAGGCGCCAGGAGCAGAGAGACAGACAGUAUCGUGGUGAAGAGAAGCUCCAGGAGGAAGAAGAACAGCUCCAGCGCCUGGAGCAGGAGGUAGAAAAGAGACGUGAGGAGCUCGAGAAGAGGAGGCGCCAGGAGCAGAGAGACAGACAAUACCGGGAGGAAGAACAGCUCCAGGAGGAAGAAAAACAGCUCCAGCGCCUGGAGCAAGAACUAGAAAACAAACUAGAGGAGCUCGAGAAGAGGAGGCGCCAGGAGCAAAGAGACAGACAGUAUCCUGAGAAAGAACAGCUCCAGGAGGAAGAAGAACAGCUCCAGCGUCUAGAGCAGGAGGUAGAAAAGAAACGAGAGGAGCUUGAGAAGAGGAGGCGCCAGGAGCAGAGAGAAAGACAAUACCGUGGUGAAGAGAAGCUCCAGAGGGAAGAAGAACAGCUCCAGCGCCUGGAGCAGGAGGUAGAAAAGAGACGUGAGGAGCUCGAGAAGAGGAGGCGCCAGGAGCAGAGAGAAAGACAAUACCGUGGUGAAGAGAAGCUCCAGGAGGAAGAAGAACAGCUCCAACGCCUGGAGCAGGAGGUAGAAAAGAAACGUGAAGAGCUAGCUAAGAGAAGGCGCCAGGAGCAGAGAGACAGACAGUACCGUGGGGAAGAGAAGCUCCAGGAGGAAGAAGAACUCCAGCGCCUGGAGCAGGAAGUCGAAAAGAGACGUGAAGAGCUAGCUAAGAGGAGGCGCCAGGAGCAGAGAGAAAGACAAUCCCGUGGUGAAGAGAAGCUCCAGGAGGAAGAAGAACAGCUCCAGCGCCUGGAGCAGGAGAUAGAAAAGAGACGAGAGGAGCUCGAGAAGAGGAGGCGCCAGGAGCAGAGAGACAGACAGUAUCGUGGUGAAGAGAAGCUCCAGAGGGAAGAAGAACAGCUCCAACGCCUGGAGCAGGAGGUAGAAAAGAGACGAGAGGAGCUCGAGAAGAGGAGGCGCCAGGAGCAGAGAGACAGACAGUAUCGUGGUGAAGAGAAGCUCCAGGAGGAAGAAGAACAACUCCAGCGCCUGGAGCAGGAAGUCGAAAAGAGACGUGAAGAGCUAGCUAAGAGAAGGCGCCAGGAGCAGAGAGACAGACAGUAUCGUGAUGAAGAGAAGCUCCAGGAGGAAGAAGAACAGCUCCAACGCCUGGAGCAGGAGAUAGAAAAGAGACGAGAGGAGCUCAAGAAGAGGAGGCGCCAGGAGCAGAGGGACAGACAGUAUCCUGAGAAAGAACAGCUCCAGGAGGAAGAAGAACAGCUCCAGCGCCUGGCGCCAGAGGAGAAGAGGCUCCGGGAGCAGCGCAACAGGAAGUACCGGGAGGAAGAACAGCUCCAGGAGGAGGAAGAACAGCUGCAACGCCUGGAGCAGGAGGUAGAAAAGAGACGUGAAGAGCUAGCUAAGAGGAGGCGCCAGGAGGAGAGAGACAGACAAUAUCCUGAGGAGGAAGAGUUCCUGGAGCAGGAGAGUGACCGGCAACUCCGUGAAGAAACCCAGAGCCGACGUCUGAAAUGGCAGUGGCAACCCCAAAAGGAAAAUGAAGCCCGUAACAGAAGGCUUUACUCCAAACGCAGGGAGGAUGAACAGAGGGACUGGGAGCAAGAAGAUUCUCAAGUUCGAGACUGGCCUGCAGUAGACGAUGAAGAUGAAUAUGGUUUCAGAGAUCUGGACAGACCAGUCAGGUACGAGAAAUCCCGUCCCAUGCAGGACAGACAGUUCUAUCUGGAUGAGGAGAAAGAACAGCAGUACCGGCAGGAACUAGAGGCUGAAAAGCAACAUCGCCAAGAAAGAGGCAGGCUAUUCCAGGAAGAAGAACAAAGGCUCGGACAAGAAAGAGAACAAGAAAGGAAGCGCCGUCAGGAGCAAGACAGGAAAUUCCGAGACGAAGAACAAUUGCUCAGAAAGGAACAAGAGGAAUAUGAAGAAGCGAAAAAGCUUCGUCAGAGAAGAGACAGGAAGUUACGGGAGGAGCAGGAGUUCCGCAGACUGAACCAAGAGGGAAGGAAAGCACUCCUCCAGGCCAGAGACCGUAAAGCGCAGGAGGAAGAGGAGUUCUACCCUCAAGAGCAAGGCAGGCAAUACCGUAAGGAACGACGCUUCCAGGAGCCCCGGGACAGGCAAUUACAGGAUGAAGAGCCUAUACUCCGUCAGCUACAAGAAGAACAGAGACGCAGAAAGGAAAGAGAGGAAGAGCAGUUCCUCAGGCAGGAGCAAGAACAGGAAUUGAGACAACGGCAAGAACGAGACAGAAAAGUUCGCCAGGAAGAGCAGCUCCGCCGCCAAGAACGAGAGCAAGAGCAGAGACGCCGUCAAAAACGAGAAGGGGCAUUCCUCCGGGAAGAGCAGUUGAGGGAGGAAGAACAAGAAGAGAGACUCAGGCAGGAACUACGAGACAGAAAAUUCGGAGAGCGAGAGCAAAGCCUUCAGCAAGCGGUGGAAGAAGAAAAAAGACGGCGUCUAGAGCAAGACAGGAAAUUCCGUGAGGAAGAACAGCUCUAUAGGGAGGGGCAGGAGCAAAGACGGCGCCGUGAGCAAGACCGGAGAUUACCAGAGAAUGAACAGCUCCUCCAGCAGGAAGAGGAGGAAGAACAGAGGCUUCGGCAAGAACGAGAGAAGAUGAGGGACCAGGAACAGUUCAUCCGAGAGGAAAAAAGACAGGAGGUGAGGAGAGAGGAGCAACGAAGAGGUCAAGAACCAGAGAGGAAAUUCCGUGAAGAAAAACAGCUCCGCCAACUGGAGAGAGAACAAGAACAGAGGCUCCAGGAACUAGAGAGAAAAUUCCGUGAAGAAGAACAGCUACGCAGACAAGAGAGAGAGCAAGUACAGAGGCUCCAGGAAGAACAGUUCCGCAGACAGGAGAGAGAACAGGAACUCGAGAGGAAAUUCCGUGAAGAAAAACAGCUCCGCAGGCAGGAGCUGGAACAGGAACGCGAGAGAAAAUUCCGUGAAGAAGAGCAGUUCCGAAGACAGGAGAGAGAACAAGAACAGAGGCUCCAGGAACGGGAGAGGAAACUCCGUGAAGAAGAGCAGUUCCGUAGACAGGAGCUAGAGCAAGAACAGAGGCGGCGUCAGGAACAGGAGAGGAAAUUUCGUGAAGAGCAGUUCCGUAGACAGGAGAGAGAACAAGAACAGAGGUUCCAGGAACGCGAGAGGAAACUCCGGGAAGAAGAACAGCUCCGUAGACAAGAGCUAGAGCAGGAACGCGAGAGAAAAUUCCGUGAAGAGCAGUUCCGCAGACAAGAAAGAGAACAGGAACAGAGGCGCCGUCAGGAACGGGAAAAGAAAUUCCACGAAGAAGAGCAGUUCCGUAGACAGGAGCUAGAACAAGAACGGGAGAGAAAAUUCCGUGAAGAAGAACAGCUUCGUAGACAGGAGCGAGAGCAAGAACAGAAACGCCGUCAAGAACGGGACAGAAAAUUCCGUGAAGAACAGCUCCGCAGACAAGAGCGAGAAGGGCAGCGUUAUGGUCAAGAGUUCGACUCUCAAAGGGUCCAGCUCCGAGACAGGCAGUCCAGGGAAGAAGACAAGAAUCGUAGACAGGCCCAGGAAUUUAGCUCACGUCAAAUUUCUAAGCCAAUUGUCCGUUCUAGCCCACUGUAUGAAUAUAUUCAAGAACAGAGGUCCCAAUAUUGUCCAUAGAUGGAGCUCUCAGAGUCCUAUCACUUACCAAAGUUUCAGACAACAGGAAGUGGAAAACACCGUGUACCCAGUGAUUGAUCAAACGCAAGUUCUUUUUGGUUAUGGGAAAACUCUUUUCUGUCUAAAUAAGUUGGGUGGGGGGAGGGUUCCUCAAAAAAAUCUUCAGUUCUCUUUUUUUCACUUACCUUCUUUCUUCAGUAUUUCUCGAAACUCUUACUACAGAAUGCCUUCAUUCAUUGAUGCAGAUGUGGGGUUCAUCAAGAAACAAGUAGAACUUCGGGGGGCACUGAUUUGUUCAACUGAUGUCAGAGCUAAUAUGAGAAUCCAAACCUGUGGUUCCUCUUUGUAUACUACAAUUCGGCUGGAAGAGGUGUCAGUUUCCAAAGUAUGUGCAAUUUGAGAUUUCUCCAAAAACAAAUAAAAUUCAGCUUUAUCUCAACCUUACCUCCCUUCUUUCGUGGCAGUCACCCCCAUUGUAGUCCUAUGGCUUCAUUUUUGCUCUUUUGCAAAUAUAUUGCAACAAUCAUUUAAUGGGGAGGCCAAUUUUAGACAGUCCACUUGAGAAGGCAGCACAUGAUGGAGGAAUAAAUGUUGUUUUAAAAUUAAGUUUAAUUUGGAUUCUCAUAAAGAGAUUUGGAUUUAGAGUUGUUCCUCAAAAAAAAACUGAAAAGACUACAGACAUGGUCUUGAGGCAAAAUCAAAGUGUUUCUUUAAAAACUCCACAACUCAAAAUUAAAAAAUAUAUAUAUAUGUAGUAGAUGUCUAGUAUAGUCUGUAGUGCUUGAUUCUUUCCCCUAGUCCUUGAUAAGGUUGUAGAUCUUAGCACCUCUGUGGAUUUCAGCUGGACAUGAAACCAACUCAGAGAAUUCUGAAGAUCAUACCUUAGUGACUGGUACCUGGAGCCUGCCAGAGUUAAUUAGGAGAAGUGUGUUGGGAAAGGAGAAUGUGUAGGGGGGAAAUGUGUGAAUGACUGUGCAGGUACCCUUAGGCCCUAUGUGAAGACUCAUCAGCCCAUAACCCUUUGAGGCUAAUUGAUACUACCUUGGGGACAUUCUUGUUGAAAUAAUUGGGCUAUGGAAAACAAUUAAUAAAUAGUUGGCAAUUA